AUAAAUUAAGAAGUGGUAAUUUUGUGUUAUAAAGUGUACUUCAUCAAGUCUCUUCUCUUCAGCAUAGCAUACGGGUGUAGGGUUUGGCGGAGUCACUGAGCUUGAAGAUGGAUUUCCCACAAUACGAAGAGUUGGAGUCGCUCACAAAUUUGAUGACGAGUGAAAAUUCGGUCGAAUUAAGGGACGACUAUGAUAAUUUUGGGAUGACUUUUGAAAAUGAUAAUUCAAAUGUUGUUUCUCCUGCUGCACGAAAAAAGGGCAACGUACUGCUAGUUUCACCCGUGAAGAUGAUAAGCGUUUAAUUGCAGCUUAUCUUGAUACUAACAAAGAUCCCGCGACCGGAAAUGGCCAAAACGCUUCUACUUUUUGGGGACGAAUAGCACAACAUAUUGAACAAACUGGAGGUUUUUCUGUCCCACGUACUUUAUCGACCAUCAAAACACGUUGGAGAGACAUCAAUAAACAAUGCUCCAAAUUUGUCGGAGUCUACAGCCAAAUUGAGAGGCUCAACCAAAGCGGGCAAAACGAACAAGGAAGUUCCAAGAAGCAUGCAAGGAGUAUCGUAGACAGGUAGGGAAGUCCUUUACGUGUCAACAUUGUUGGGGAAUUCUAAGGAUUGAUCACAAAUGGCAAGCAGCUUUGCCGAAUAAGCGACAAAAAACAACUGAAGAAGAAUUUGUUACCUUGGAUGGGGCUAACCAAGAUAGGCCAUUGGGUAGGAAAGCUUCGAAAGAGAUACAAAAAAUUAAAGGGAAAGGUGUUGUUGGGGGGUGUAAGUUCGAUUUUUACCCAGAAUUUCUUGAACGGAAAGAAAAAUCCGAGCGAGAAAAAGCUGAACGACAAUAGAGAACGCUCCGACAACAUCAUCAACAAUUAGAUCUUCAACAAGCUCAAUAUGAGUUAGACAUCAUUGGUCGAGAUACAACUGGCAUGAGUGCUCAAGAAGCUGCUUAUUUUGGGAGUCUUAAGCAAGAAAUCUUCACAAUGAGGGGAUUCUAAAAUACUAUGUACUCCGUAUGAAUUAACUACUGAUCCGCGAUGACCCGUACUCCGUCGGUGACUUGUCUCUUCCUCUUUUGUUGCUGCUAUGAUCGAAAAAAACUUCUUUCUCUGACGAUCCACAGACACGGAGUUUAUCAAAUCGAUUGGGAGAACAGAGAUCGCAACUAUAGGAACGAGAUGAUGCCAGGACUAGGGUUCGGAACACUAGCAGUUAGUAACCAACGAGAAGAUGCUGAGGCUACUAGGCUAGGGUACGAAGUAUCAUUUAGCGACGGGGAACGUUAAGAGGGAUAAUCUUGAGACACUACCACCGGCAAUGACUUGGAGAUGAAGAGCACCCUAUACAAAGCCUUAUCCCAAAAAAUCUAGCAUUAGGGAUGUUUUCUAAGGUCUUUGAAGUAAAGAGAGAUUCUGAACAUAUCUUGUCAAAAUAUGAGUAUAAGGUAAAUUUGGUGCAAAAUAUGUAACUACGUUAUCAUGUGCUUAUUUUUUUUUGCAUAGUGUUCAAAAGCUAAUCAAUCUGAAAUCGAUGAUCUUACAACUGGUGGUAAUACAACCAUUGAGAAAAGUCGUGAUGAGGAUCGAUGGAAUAAAGAUGAUGAACCUGAGAGCGAUGAACUUGAAGAUUUAUACAGUGACAAGCAUUAAAGCUUUGGACUAUAU